CUAGGGUUAUCAUAGGACUCCCCACCCCCUCUCCGCUUCCUCGCCCCGACUCCCACCUGUCGUCCCAAUCUCUCGCCCCUACGCCGGGGACCCCCUUCUCUCGCCGCCCCGCCGCCCCGCGAGUUCCGUCGCCGCUUUCGCUGCCGCCCCGUCGGUCGUCGAACGCCGCCUAGUCACCGUCGCGAACCUCCACGCCUGCUCCGUCCCCACAUCGACACCGUAUUCCGCCUCUCCCAUCUGCCACCUCAACCGCCGGGAGCGCCUCCCUCGCCGACCUCCACUGCCCCUCCGCUACCUCAUCCGCCAAUAGCGAGAAGGACCUGUUCGUUGGAUACUGCCAUCGAUGGAGAGCAGUGAACCACUCCAGGAUAUAAUGUGUGAGUUCCGUGCUGGUAAGAUGUCUCUUGAGGGGACACGGGUGAUCCCAGACACACGCAAGGGACUUGUUCGUAUUGGAAGGGGUGAAGAAGGCUUGAUUCAUUUUCAGUGGCUUGACCGUGGACAAAACAUAGUUGAAGAUGAUCAAAUUGUCUUCCCUGAUGAGGCUGUCUUUGAGAAGGUAACAGAAUCUUCUGGAAGGGUGUACAUCUUGAAGUUCAGGCAUGAUAACAGGAAAUUCUUCCUAUGGAUGCAGGAGACAAAUGCUGAUGGGGACUCGCAAAUAUGCCGCCAAGUUAAUGCCUACAUAAAUCGGCCCUUGGAUGGCGAUGCAAUUUCUAUUGAAGCAGAAAUGUCACAUGAAGAUACAGCUGAUGAUGACAUCUCUUCCAGAGCUGGGAAUUUAGUUGAUCAGAGCAUGACCGCUGAUAUGGCUGGUGAAGUGACUUCUGCCGCUGGACCUGUACGACUGUCUGACCUUCAGAGAAUAUUGAGUUCUAUACAACCAUCUGAUGCUAUGGCAGAUCCUGAUGCUGGAUUGAGACUAGGAGACAUCUUGAAGCCUGAAUUGAUAUUGCCCCUAAUUGAAACUUUGCCCAUUGAACAGUUGGCAUCACAUCUUCCAGAGGGUUCUUGGACUGCUGGUGAUAUUCUUGAGCUGCUGCAAAGUCCUCCUUUGCGACAGCAACUGGAUGCCUUUACUCAUGUGCUGCAGACUGGCCAAAUAGAUCUUGCUCAGUUUGGAGUGGACCCUAGUAAAUACAAGUUCACAGUUGCCUCAUUCCUGGAGGCAUUGGAAGACUCCGUGGCAAAAGCUUGUACAGAUGGAGACAAUGAUUCAAAGGCCAAGAAAGAUGGUGGAAAUGAUCCCAUGGAUGAGACUUGAUUGCGCAGCGCACCUAGGGGUGUGUGGCCUUGAUCUGAGUUGCUCAUGCCGUCAUGCGCGGUGGAACUUAUCAUGUUUGCAAAUCUGAUGGCACACAAAGCAGAGGACGUUUUAUUUUGUCACCCCCUCAAAAUCUAGAUGCUAUUUUGGCUGUGAUUUUUUAGAUACUAUCAGUCGCUUCCAUAUGUCCCAGUUGAUUCCAUGUCGUGACUUGAGUAUUCUGAUGAAAAUGCUUCCAUAUCGUAUAAUUUAUAUUCUGAUC